AUGAGCUUGGACAGAGAUUACUUUCAUAGAAGAUUUCAGGAUGUAGUUUACUAUGGCUUUAUUAAACUCAGACGCAGCACGCGUGAGAUAGCCCAGCCUUACCACAAUGAUUUGUUUGAAGUCGCUUCUGGUCUUCUAAGAAAUCCAGCUGAUCUUCCUCAUGAAUUAAUGCAGCGAAGAUACUAUGUGGAAGCAUUGAAGUCUUCCCAAGAAUAUGAACUGUCAACAGAAGUAGAGAAGAUACUAAAUGACGAAGAUGUGUCGACAGAUGGCUUCGGACAAAUGUUCUGCGUCGAAGUGAAGACGAAUUUAAUUUUAUCAAGAGAACAGCGCUGCUGGUGCAUGAAAUUCAUCGAGACAAAAACAGGCCGCGAAUUAUGCGUUGAAAGCAAUCAUACUGGGCAAUACAAUUAUCAAGAAAACUACUUCUCCUUCAUCGCUAGAAAUCCGUCCAAACUGCCAACAUACAAAGCUGGUCUGAAAUCAUGGGGACUAACAAACCGAACGCUCUAUAUUUUUGAAACAAAGCAAGUCCGCGAAAUCAAGGAAGAAAUUGAGAAACUAGUUAAUAUUUUUGGACCUCGUAGAGCCACUUUACCUACGAUCUCUCAAAGACCAGGUAAUAUUUAUAUUGGGCCAGGAAGCACAUAUGCAUGGCCCCGGCCAAGUACGAGUUCCCCUGAAAGACGUUCAUACUCUUCCAGUGGCAGUGGCAGUGGCCAUUCAGCCAGGUCAAUCCACAAUCAAAUGCUCAUUGACUCUCUAGAGAAUCAAAAUUACGAUGGUGGUGAACCUAAUGAAGAAAAUGAUCCGUUUUCUGGCACUCGAAUGGAAAAUGGUAGACAGAGGUUUUUCUCCGAAAGCCAGGCUCCUCAUCUCGUUUAUGGAAUCAACAAUGGCAAUUACAUUAAUCCCGCUCCGGAAGAAGAACGCUUUCAAACAGCAACUAAUAGCAACUACGAGCCGUCUGAAAUAAGUGCAUCUUAUCAUCCUCAAGAUGCAUCCGAGACUACCAGCUCUGGGCACAGCAUAAGCAAGAUAACUCUUGAUGAUGAUGGAUACGUUGUUGCUAGUUCGAAUGUCCAGCAAAGCUAUGUCUCGACAACAGAGGUGAGAAUCAAUGAAGAACCAAGGACCGCAGACAACGAGAACUAUCUACCAGGCUCGCAUCUAACUGAAUCCGAAUGCUCAAGCAGCCCGGCUGGAUCAUUUCGUGCAAGGCCAAAAACAUCCAAAAGUCUUCCCUCACCAAAAAAAUUAUGA